GGCCGGUUUAAAGGACGGCGCCGUUAGCGCUGAGGGCGCUCUGCUCUGUUUGAGCGCUGAGGGCUCUGUGCUGCGGCUGGUCCGGCUCAGGGGGUAGCCUCAUCAAUCUGAAGAUGGCAACUCUGAUCUUUGUUGAUCAGGAGAAUAGUGAACUUCAUGCUCCCAAGAGUCAGCUGAAGCUCCCUUCAGGAUCUUCAAAAGUCUUAGCUGAAAGAACACAAGUUAACACUCCACUUCCUAAAAAAGCAGUCAGUGCUUCUCCAGUCACAUCUCGCUCUGUCAGAAAGGCUCUUGGAAAUGUGAAUAAAACUGAAGGAGUCACAAGCAAGACGGAUAAGCUAAAACAGAAAAAUCAGCCUUGCACUGUGAACAAAAAGACUGGAUUAGAAAGCUGUCAUACAGUGGCUGAAGAAGAAUGGCCAGAAAUAGAAAACAUGUUUCCUUUGGAUCCUCAAGACUUCGAGAGUUUUGAUCUUCCUGAAGAACACAAACUAAGCAAUAUCAACCUGUGUGGUGUUCCCCUCAUGGUGUUUGAAAGGACAUAUGACAGAUGUGUGAACAUGGCUUGUUCACCCGUGAAGAUUGAAGAGAUUUCAUGGGAAUCCAACUUGCUACGAUCAACUGCUGACUUCCUUGCUACCCUGGAUGAGAUCAUUGACAUGCCACCUCCAAUUUAUGAUGUUUAAUGUGUGUUCUGAAGUUUCUUUUGAGGUCCAAUUUCAUAUAGCUCUAUAUUUCAAUAAAGGCUAGUUUAACCUAUGUGCUAUUGUACUACUUCUUCAGUGUCCCCAAGACACUGUAGGUAGGUAGCAAAACAGCUUUGAGGAGGUUCUGACAAGCAGGUAAAGCAGAGCCUGGAUGAGCUCCUAAGCAAGGCAAUACACUGUUGUCCAUAUCUAGGAGUUGGUACCUGCUGGUUGGAGUGUGUAUGAUAGGUUGAACUCCUGACCUCACUGCCUAACUUGAUCCAUUAAACGUGCAAGGGUUUGAACCAAUUUCUGUAUCUAGUGUAAAGUAAACACUAGAACUGGUGUUCUGGUUGUUUUCCCUUUGAACCUGUUUGCUCUUCACAGGGGGCAAGUGGUGUAUGUCGGGUUCUUACGCAGCUGUAGACUCCUUUUCACAGAAAAAUGCCUAUAACUAAGGCACUGAAUGUGGUUCCACAGUGCCAUCACAUGGCCUCUUGGUAGGCAGCCACACAGGUAAAACCACAUUGCUAUGUGAGGCCCCAGAGAGCAGUGGUAUGAGACACAGUAUGGAAAUGACAUUAACAUAAAUUUAGGUAGUAGCUUUUUGUAUGUACAGACACAUGAGUAUUUCAUAUGUGUUAUGGAAAUUUAUCAUGGGGAUAUGAGAUUUUUUUUUUGUUACUUGGAAAUAUUCACUAUGUUCAAGAACCUAGAUCCCUUUGUACAAUGAAAUGAGCCUUUUGGGCUGUGUCCACAUGUGUGUAUAUGUGCAC